AUGGCCCAGAGGAGUUUUGGGAUUGAUUAUGAACGUGACUGCUUUGUCAAGGACGGGAUGCCUUUCCGUUACAUCUCAGGUAGCAUUCACUACUCACGGGUGCCUCGCUACUACUGGAGAGACCGCUUGAUGAAGAUGAAGAUGGCAGGGCUUGAUGCCAUUCAAACGUAUGUGCCGUGGAACUUCCAUGAACCCCAGCAGGGCAUGUUUGAUUUUUCUGGUGACAAAGAUCUAGAGUAUUUCCUGCAACUUGCUAAUGACUCUGGUUUGCUGGUUAUCCUGAGAGCUGGACCUUACAUCUGUGCAGAAUGGGACAUGGGAGGUCUUCCUGCAUGGCUGUUGCAGAAGAAAUCUAUUGUUCUUAGGUCUUCUGAUUCAGAUUACAUGACAGCAGUAGAGAAUUGGAUGGGUGUCCUUCUGCCAAAGAUGAGGCCUCAUCUCUACCAAAAUGGAGGUCCAAUCAUCAUGGUGCAGGUAGAGAAUGAGUAUGGAAGCUACUUUGCCUGUGACUAUGACUAUCUGCGUUCCCUUCUGAGGCUCUUUCGCUGGCAUCUUGGGGAUGAGGUGGUGCUAUUCACGACUGAUGGUGCAAGCCAGUUUCACUUGAGAUGUGGAGCUCUUCAGGGUCUUUAUGCAACAGUGGACUUUGCCCCAGGUGGCAACGUCACAGCAGCAUUCUUGGCUCAAAGGAGCAGUGAACCUAUGGGCCCUUUGGUUAAUUCUGAGUUUUAUACUGGAUGGUUGGAUCACUGGGGGCACCGUCAUUCUGUUGUGCCCGCACAAACUAUAGCUAAAACACUUAAUGAAAUCCUGGCACGUGGUGCUAACGUUAACCUGUACAUGUUUAUAGGUGGGACUAACUUUGCCUAUUGGAACGGUGCUAAUAUGCCCUAUAUGCCACAGCCCACUAGUUAUGACUACGAUGCUCCACUGAGUGAAGCGGGGGAUCUCACGGAAAAAUAUUUUGCCUUGAGGGAAGUUAUUGGUAUGUACAAGCAGUUACCAGGUGGUUUUAUCCCUCCAUCAACACCCAAAUUUGCAUAUGGAUAUGUUCGCUUGCAAAAGGUGGGCACUGUGGUAGAGGUUCUUGACAGGCUGUCACCUGCAGGACCAGUGAAAAGCACUUAUCCAUUAACCUUUGUUCAGCUAAAGCAGUAUUUUGGAUUUGUGCUGUACAGAACUAUUCUUCCAAAAAACUGUACGGAGCCAACACAACUGUCAUCACCUUUAAAUGGAGUCCAUGAUCGUGCCUAUGUCUCCGUAGAUGGGGUUCCCCAAGGUGUCCUUGAAAGGGACAAAUCACUUACAAUAAAUAUAACUGGGAAGGCUGGAGCAAAUCUGGACAUCUUGGUAGAAAAUAUGGGCCGUGUCAACUUUGGUAGAUACAAUAAUGACUUUAAGGGUCUAGUUUCAAAUUUAACUCUUGAUGAAGAUAUACUUGUUGAAUGGGAAAUGUAUCCUCUAGACAUAGAUGGAGCAGUGAACCGUGACCUUAAUGGCUACCUUGACGGAACAUGGAGACUUUUUGGCAAUCUACGGGGUUAUGAAGCACCUACUUUUUACACUGGUAGACUUUCAGUUCCUGGAGGGAUUCCAGACUUGCCUCAAGACACCUAUGUCAAGUUUCCUGGCUGGACAAAGGGGCAAAUUUGGAUCAAUGGCUUUAAUCUUGGUCGCUACUGGCCAGCCCGUGGUCCUCAGUUGACCCUUUUUGUUCCAAGGAAUAUACUUGUUUCAUCGGAGCCAAACAACAUAACUGUGUUGGAGCUGGAGCAUUCUCCUUGCAGCAGCCAAGCAUGUGAGAUAGAAUUUGUAGACAAACCUAGUAUCAAUGCAACUGUACAUCAUAAAAAUUCUGCCCUCCAACUUUUUCUUAGAAACGCAUGGCUGAGCCAUCUAUAA